AUGCCAUCCAUUAUUGCACAGCGCGAAGAGCACGCCACGAUGUUUGGCAUUCUGGAGGCCGUUACGAUACCUCACGGGAACAUAUUUAGCAGUUCCGAAUCCCUGAUCGCCAACCUGAAUGAGCGCAUGGAAAAGGAGGGCUACAAGAUCGUCAAGUCGCGCUCCCACAGGGCGUACAUCGGGGGUGCGGAGGUGCCCGGCAAUGACACUGUCCGCUGCGACUUGGUUUGUGACCGCGGUGGCCGGCCAUACAAAUCAGUGGCAACGAAACACAAAACGUCGACCAAGAAGACAGGCUGUCCCUGGAAAGCCAAGGCCGUCCACCGAAAAGCAGCCGGCGGUUGGGUGCUUACAGUGGUCUGCGACCAGCACAACCAUGAGCCAGGCACGCCAGAGCCUCCAUCGCCAGAACAGAGCGACAACGAGGAGGGAGAUGAAGAAGACUCCGCAAACGAUCUGCCAAGUCUCGAUGCAGAAACCUCCGCUGCCAUUCAAGUCGCUGGCGUGUCGGAGGCGGCAGUGCGCCUGACGGGAGACACAUUCAACAAGUUCAAAGGAGAAUACAGAAAGCUUUCGGGUCCCGACAGAAUGCAAGUCCUUUCAACUCUGCAGCUUCGGGUCGCCGCCAUUUACGCGCUUCAAAAUGAAGACAUGCAGCGGCAUCGACGUCGAGAGGCCCAAGAUAGGCGACAUCGCGACGUCGAAUCGAACAAGAGGCCACAAGAAGAAGGUGCGGUAAGCACAAGUAAAAGACAGAAACCGAGCACAGCGCACGAUCAAGACGCGGGCACAGAAGCUCUACAGAGCCAGAUGCAUCCGGAUGUGGCACAUGGACUGAUGGGCGCGACGCAAUUUCAGUUUCCCCCACGAGCUCCCCCGCAAAUCCAAGUAGCCGACGCGGCUGUACAAACAUCACUGUCGAUUCCCAGUAGUGGCAUGGGCGGGUUUCCGCAGUUUGCGAAUAGCUUUUCGCGUGGCCGAAGACCAAACACAUGA